AUGAUUGCUUUGUUGUUGCUGCUUCUGCUGCUGGCUGUGACAAUUAUGGAGAUGCCUAAGUCACGUCGAAGACACAGAUCUCCCAGUCGGGAAUCUUCCUAUGAUGACGAUUAUGGAUAUUACAGAUCCAAGAAAAGAAAAACCAGCAGAGACUAUGAUUACCAGAAACAUUCCAGAAGUCCUGAUCGAAGGAGGAGGCGGCAUCACCACCACCACCACCAUCAUCAUCACCACCAUCGUGACAGGGACCAUUCUGAUGAAAAUUCCUAUAGCCCAGAUCGCAUGAACUACUCAAGUCGUCACAGUUACCAUGAUUCUGAUCAUAGCAGUCAUUACCACUCCCAUGAAAGCAGUGGCCACAGUAGAUCACAUAAACGAAAGAAGUACCGCAGGAGUUACCGGCAUCACCGACCCUCAUACAGUUCACAGUCAAGUCGGUUGUUGCAUUUAAUCAAAGUGGGUGGAGGCUGCUACAUUGGAGAGAGUUCCUCUUAUAUUAAUUUGUGUGUGUUUUUUUUUUUUUUUUUUUUCUUUUCUUUUUUUCUUUUUUUUUCUUUUUUUCUCACUAACUUCUCUAUCCCCCUCUUUUACUUCUCUUUUUUUUUUCACCUGCUGCUACUGAACGUUCAUGAUUUUUUUCAUAAUCAGCCAUUCUUUCUUGUUUCACUUUCUCUAUCUUUCAGCCAUUGUUGUUGCUUUAUCACAUUGUGUUGUCUUUCUCUGUCCUCUUCCCACCCAAUAAUGGUGGCAGCAUUUGACUGCAAUUUUUCUUUCUUCAUUGAUGAGGAAUCUGUCCUUCUCUGCACCGUUGGGACUUACAUUGUUGGCCCAAGUAUUUUUUGUGAUUGUCCCAAUGUGGAAUCUUUCGCGUGUAAAAUGAAAGUGGAUGUGCUGACGGCUUACAAAGAAUGGGCGAAUAUGCCUACUUCUUCCACAGACAGUACAACCACAGCUCUAAACAACAACAACACAAGCACCAGCAAUAACAACCACAAUCAUAAUUCUACGCCAACGUCAACUUUGGCCAAAAAGGACCACCCUGAACUCAGUGCAAGAGCGCCCAGCAUCGAGGACGACGAAGAUGGUCACCUGAUCUAUCACCCGGGAGACGUUCUUCAAGCUCGAUAUGAGGUUAUACAAACCCUUGGUGAGGGUACCUUUGGCAAAUGUGUUGAAGUGAAAGAUAUUGAGAGAAAUGGUCAGAGAGCUGCUUUGAAGAUUAUCAAAAAUGUAGAAAAAUACAGAGAAGCUGCAAAGUUAGAAAUCAAUGUUCUUGAGAAAUUAAAAGAGAAAGAUCCAAAUGGAGAUUUUUUGUGUGUACGGAUGCUGGACUGGUUUGAUUACCAUGGACAUAUGUGUAUAGCAUUUGAUAUGCUGGGUCUUAGUGUGUUUGAUUUUUUAAAAGAUAACAACUAUCUUCCAUAUCCUCUUGAACAAGUUCGACAUAUUUCCUACCAGCUAUGUUAUGCCGUUAAUUUUCUUCAUGAAAACCAGCUUACUCACACGGAUCUGAAACCAGAAAACAUACUGUUUGUUAGCUCAGAUUUUGAUGUUACAUAUAAUGCUAAAAAGAGGAGAGAUGAACGCAGAGUGAAAAACACAGACAUACGGUUAAUAGACUUUGGAUCUGCUACAUUUGAUCAUGAACACCACAGUACAAUUGUAUCAACAAGGCAUUACAGAGCACCUGAAGUCAUUUUGGAAUUAGGGUGGUCCCAGCCCUGUGAUGUUUGGAGCAUAGGUUGUAUCAUGUUUGAGCUCUACACUGGAUACACAUUAUUCCAAACUCAUGACAAUAAGGAGCAUUUAGCAAUGAUGGAGAGAAUAUUAGGCAGUAUACCAUACAGAAUGGCCAAAAAAUCUAGAACAAAUUACUUCUGGCAUGGUCGCCUUGAUUGGGACCCUACCACUUCUGCUGGGAGAUAUGUAAGGGAAAACUGUAAACCCCUUUAUCACUAUAUAAGGGACAAAGGGAUACAACACCUGCAGCUGUUUGAUCUCAUAGAAAAGAUGCUUGAAUAUGAACCCUCUUCCAGAAUCACGCUCUCAGAAUCCCUUUCACAUCCUUUCUUCAAGCCAUUGCUUAAAGAGCAACCACAUUUAGAACGUAGGCAAUCUGAUCAAAAGGAGCCCAAGCUUCUUCUUGACCGCCGCAAAAGCUACCAGGGAUAUGAGGUCACCUCAAACAGUGAUGACCGCGACUAUGUGAAAACGAAAAGUGAAGGGCCAGGCAAAUCCCAUGUCAACUACAACUACUUGCCAGUGAUUUUUUUUCGCUUUCUCUUUUUCGCUUUCUCUUUUUCUCUCUCUCUUUUUUCUCUCUCUCUUUUUUCUCUCUCUCUUUUUUCUCUCUCUCUUUUUCUCUCUCUUUUUCUCUCUCUUUUUCUCUCUCUUUUUUUCUCUCUCUCUUUUUUUUCUCUCUCUUUUUCUCUCUCUCUUUUCUCUUCUCUCUCUCUCUCUUCUUCUCUCUCUCUCUUCUCUCUCUCUCUCUUUUCUCUCUCUCUCUCUCUUUCUCUUCUCUCUCUCUCUUUUUCUCUCUCUCUCUUUUCUCUCUCUUUUUUUCUCUCUCUCUUUUUCUCUCUCUCUUUUUUUCUCUCUCUUUUUUUUCUCUCUCUUUUUUUUCUCUCUCUUUUUUUUCUCUCUCUCUUUUUUCUCUCUCUUUUUUUUCUCUCUCUUUUUUUUUCUCUCUCUUUUUUUUCUCUCUCUCUUUUUUUCUCUCUCUUUUUUUUCUCUCUCUCUUUUUUUCUCUCUCUCUUUUUCUCUCUCUUUUUUCUCUCUCUCUUUUUUCUCUCUCUUUUUUUCUCUCUCUCUUUUUUUCUCUCUCUCUCUCUUUCUCUCUCUUUUUUUUUUUCUCUUUUUUUUUUCUCUCUCUCUUUUUUUUUUUUCUCUCUCUUUUUUUUUCUCUCUCUCUUUUUUCUCUCUCUUUUUUUUUUCUUCUCUCUCUUUUUUUCUCUCUCUUUUUUUUUUUUCUCUCUCUCUUUUUUUUCUCUCUCUUUUUUUCUCUCUCUCAUUAGUUGUUUUAUUUUUUUUUCUCUCUCUCUAUCUCUCUCUCUCUCUCUCUCUCUAUCUCUAUCUAUCUAUCUAUCUAUCUCUCUCUCUCUAUCUCUCUAUCUAUCUAUCUAUCUAUCUCUCUCUCUCUAUCUCUCUCUCUCUAUCUAUCUCUCUCUCUAUCUAUCUCUCUCUCUAUCUCUCUCUCUCUCUCUCUCUAUUUUGUAA